GUUGUUGGUUUUCUCUACUGGGCUGCUACUUUUUAGUCUGGCCCGCCCCAUUUACCGGCCUGAUCGCAUGUAAAACGCCGAAAGAACGAAUAACUCUCUUCGACGCGUCUCUCUUCCUACCGAAGCCUAGUUUUUUUCAGUCUCUCCUCUCUCGGCCGCUAAACCCUCUCACUCCGAGGCCAUUGUCGUUGAAGCAACGCUGUUAGCUCCUGCCCUCUCUGAUUCAGGCACCGCCAUUGUGUUUUAGGAUGCCGGAAAUCAAGGCAGUGAUUGGUCUCUCAUGGGAGCCAAAGUUGCCGACUUUUUCAUCAGCAGCUAAAAAUGGAGGUGGGUCUGGUACCAAACCUCACGAAACUCACCGCGAAACCAAUCAACUUUGGAAACCCAACACACAGCUUGUUGAUGGCCUCUUUGUUCCACCAAAUAACCCAACAAAGCUGAACAAGUUGCUUAAGAAGCAGCUCAAAGACACUGCUGGGACAAGUUGGUUUGACAUGCCUGCACCAACCAUGACCCCAGAGUUGCAGAAAGAUCUCCAAUUACUCAAGUUAAGGAAUGUUAUGGAUCCAAAGAGACACUACAAGAAGGGUAAUUCACAACCUAACAAGUAUUUCCAGGUAGGGACAGUGAUAGAGUCCCCGUUAGAUUUCUUCUCAGGCAGACUUACAAAGAAGGAAAGGAAGACAACCCUUGCAGAAGAGCUGCUUUCUGAUCAUACCCUUGGGAACUACAGAAAGCGGAAAGUGCGUGAGAUAGAAGACAAAAACCGGCCGGGUGGAAAUGAAAAAUGGAAGAUAAAGGGGAAGAAGUCGUAUCAGCGUGCAAAGCAAAGAAGGCUCUGAUAUGUUUUCACUCUGACCAGAUUUUUUUGGAAAUCCACGGAGGCUGAUAGGUUUCUGUCAAAUCAGAGAAAGAUAUUGUUAAUGUGUAACUGUACUAAUUGAAGAAACAUGUAGUUUCAAAUUUUGAUGAUAUGUUACCAUCUAGCUCAGACAGUACGCUACUGAAUAACAUUAAUUUUUGUUUUUGUUUUUGUUACAUGGUUUGCAAAUUUCAAAGGAUCGAGCCUUCUUGUUAGUGGAAAUUUUAUUGAUGA